AUGGACAAUGUGGAAACGGUUAGCCAGGCGUACAAUCUCUUGGACCCAAGAGGGGAGCUCGACAUCAUAUUGACGGAUGGACAGUUGUAUUCGUACCUGCUAGAUAUAUCCGAGAGAAGAUAUUGUUCCGAAAAUUGCAAAUUCAUCCGCGAUAUCAAUCUUCUGGGCGAUUUCAGUGAUAAACACGUCGCAGUGACGAAAUUAUGUGAAAUAUUGGCGUUGCUCAACACGUAUAUUUACGUAGGCGCUCCCACGCCUGUGAACCUGCCAAGCGAUUUGAUAGCUGGUCUUCGGAAUAUAAAGAUUAGCGCAAAUUCUAGCUGCGCUGAUUGGAAUACACUAUACCAUCUAGUGCUAGAAGCUCGAGCAUAUAUUAGACAGCUAUUGGGCGAGUCUGGUGUGCUGUCCAAAUUUGAGAGAGAUCCUCGAGUCGUGCGGUCAAUCAUAGAGCGGAAUAUAGCGGAGAAAAUGGGAUUGUCCAUGGCUCGGCGGAAAA